CCCUCUUCCUCCUUGUCAGAUCUAGUCAUGCAGAUAGUUUUGAUUCUAUUUCUACUGAAAACACAGUGAUUUAAUACCUUGAUGUAAUUGAUGAUGUAAUUCUGUGCUGCAGGCUACAAAGGGACGUCUUGAACAUAACGCUGCUUUUGGAAAAACACUGAUCUGAGCACAGUGGGCCUUAGGAAUGUCCGGAAUGGCAAUCACCUUUAUUCUAAUUGCUUUCCCACCAUCACCACGCUGUCAGCUGCUCUUUAGUUACCUACCGACACACAACUUGUCACUAUCCUCUGUUCUGGUGCACUCCGUCACCAUGAGCUCUCAGACUGUCCUCCUCACUCUACUUGUUUGUUUUAGUGUGUUCUUCCCCUCGUCUCUCUCCCGUCAUUCGAGCUCCGCUAAGAAGACAGGCUGCUUCAAAGUCAACGACUGCAAAUGCAUCAUGAAGGAUGGGAGCGGGGUGAUAAACCUCAAGGCUAUGGGGGAUGCAGAUGGUUUCCUGGGGCGUUUGAAGCCAGUGACGGCGGACAACAUGCCAGUCAAUGCUGAGAUCCUGCUGUCUUUCAGCCCCUGCCAGUCCUUCUCACAGCCAGAGGACCUGACAGGAAGUGACUGCACCAACGUCGCUGCAUGCCUUAUUGUCAGGUAUCAAAGACUCAACAGAUACGUUAACCGCUAUAUCAGCUUUGGAAGACAUGAAGGGAAUGAAUUCCACUACAAUGACACCCUGAAGACGCUGUCUGUCUCAUACUUUGCUCACGAUGAGCAGCCGCUGACAGUCGUGCAUUACCACUGUAAUCCAAACGAGUCUGCGUCUUUCAUCCGAGACCAGAGCCUGAGAGCGGAGGAGCCCCUGCACAUCUGGGUGGAAAGCCCCUGUGCUUGUCCCAAUGCCUGUGCCAUGGGAGAUCUGGGUCUAGGCACGAUCUUCCUCAUCAUCCUCUCUCUCAGCGCUGCUGCUUACUUCAUCCUCGGCUCUUGUGCACUGAGGCCUUUUCGGAGCAGCAGUGGAGUCCAGAUCUCUCCGGAGCACAGUGUGUGGUGUAUGAUCUGCUACCUGUGUACUGAGAGAAGGCCAGCGAGAAGACACUAUAAAGACAUGACACACUGUGAAGGAUAA